GAGGAAGGCUUGGCUGGCAUCAGUCUGUGGUGUGCAGUGCGCCGAGCCGGACGGAGACCGAGGACCGCCUGCAGCUGCGAGACAGGAGCGCACCGGAGUGCUGACGUGAUGGCCUGGUAGCCUGCAGCCGGCAGCCGAGGACUCCGCCAUGCUGGUGUUGUGCUACGUGCUGGGGGGCGUGGCGCUGCUCGUGCUCACGCUCUACCUCACGCUAGAGUUCCACUACUUCAUGCGCAUGGCAAUCAGCGUCCUCAUCGCCAGGUUCUUCAAGUCGAAGGUCGCCAUCCUCGACCAGACCUACACCUAUGGCGUGUGCCUCACGACGGACGUGGACACGCUGCUAUUCCACAUGAACAACGCCCGCUACCUGCGCGAGCUGGACUUCGCCCGCGUCGACUUCUACGAGCGCACGGGGCUCUACCGCAAGAUCCGACAGAAGGGAGGCGCCGUUGUCCAGGGCGCCUGCACCAUCCGCUACCGCCGCUUCGUGCGGCCCUUCUCCAGGUUCAAGAUCACCUCCAAGGUGAUCUACUGGGACACGAAGUCAGUGUUCAUGGAGCACCGGUUCAUCACGCCCAAGGACGACUUCGUGCGCGCCAUCGUGAUCUGCCAGCAGCGGGUGAUCAACUGCAACGCGGAGGACAUCAUCAGUGAGCUGCUGGGCGCCAAGGACGAGGAGGUGGGCAGCCGCAAGCCGCCGCUGCCCCUCGAGGUGGCCAAAUGGAUCGAGAGCAACGAGAUCUCGAGCGCCAACUUACGAAACGGCUGCUGACCCCGGCCCGCGGGGGGCCCUCCCGCCCCCAACGGCGUCGCCGCCCCCGAGCCAGAGCGCCCGCCUGUCCCCGCCCCCGACUGCCCUCCCGCCCCCAACGGCGUCCCUGUUCUGGAGGCUGACCCUGUCAACUAGACUUGGCCCCUCUGGCAUUAUUUAUUCCUCUGGCAGUGCCCACGGAUCGGCUGGCGAGUGAAAGAGACUGACAGCAGUGCGUAUCUCCCCAUCUGUGACAAUCAGUAAUACGAAAGAGAAAGGAAACUCUGGUUUCUAUCACGAGACCUGAAACUAGUCGAGGAAUCACUUUUCUGUAGCCUCCCUGAUACAGACAACAUAUUUAUUCGUCGCUGACAACAGCUGUACGUUCUUAUCUAAGUCAAGAGGAAGUAAGUUGUUUCCUAAGUUAAAUGUAAGAUGUGGAACAGUGCAGUACGCUUCUAUGUAACUGGUUGCACCCCCCUAAAAACAUUGUGAUGAGGCUACCAUCAAAAUAUAUUCAGAUUUAUCUGUAUUUGUCGCUUCCACUAGUGAUCUGUCCUACCUAUGCAUAAUAUUUCAAAAAUCUGGAAGUCAGUCUAAAAUAACGAUUUAAAAAUUAACUUAACAAUUUGUCAAAAAAUACUGGAUAGUAUACUAAAUCUCUAUGUUCACCAGCAAUUUCAACCAUUUGAGGAUGAUCUCCGAUCAGGUCUGAUAAUUUUAGCAAAUGACAAAGUUCUUAUGUGAAAUGCUGUAGCAUGACAAGUAUAUUGCUGUUGGAAUAAUACAUAAAUUGUGAGUUAACAAUGAGUAUGUCACUCACUGUGACCUAUUACAUUUAGAAUUUAGGAAACCAAAGAACAUUAAAUAUGAGCUGUCAACUGGACAAAUGCAUGUAAUAUUAAAACUAAAACUGCUGCUUAUUUUAGCAAUGACUUUGUAAGUGCAUAAGGUUCCUCAGUUAAGUCUGUCUUUUUUAACUUUUUGUACAUUUAUAUACAUCCCUACUACUUCAAUGCCUAUGUCAUGUGCCCAUCUUCUGCCUUAGGCACACGCAAAAAGUAGUCAUAUCAAUACAAAAGGAUGAAGACUGUUGUAGUCAAACAGAAAAUUUCAUUACUGGCUUCUAAAUCAUAUUGUUUCCUUCUAAGUAAAAAAUAAGCCUUACCAGUUCUUUCUUCCUUCUUCCACUUUCCUCUAGUCUGAUACUAUUAUGACAUUGUUUGUUGAAACUAUUUAGCCUUCUCUCUCUCUCUCUCUCUCUCUCUCUCUCUCUCUCUCUCUCUCUCUCUCUCUCUCUCUCUCCCUUCCUUCCUUCCUUCCUUCCUUCCUUCCUUCCUUUCAGUAUUAAGCUGUGCUGAGCCAUUUCAACUUAUAAAGGUAAAAACAAAAACCUGUCUUUUAUACAGCCAGAUGCAAACAGCAAGAUGAUUAUUUUUCUAUCUGUUAUAAAAGCAGUGCAGUUCAUUAGUUUGCAAAAAAUUAUGUUUUCAACUAAUUUCAGUCUUUGUGCUUAAUUAUAACAAUUUCAUAGCAAAGUUUAUAAAUCCAUUUCUUUCCAUCUAAUGGAUGAAAGUUAAUACAUUCUAUGUGGUAUUGCUAUGAUCUACUAGAAUAAAAAAUUCACUUUUCAAUGUAGCAAAAUCAAACCUAUCUAAAGAAUCCCUACAGGUCAUUAGUUAUCAGUUAUCUCCAGUUGAAACUUUCUUAACUAGACUUAAGAUAAUUAAGUUAAAGAUGUUAAGUAAUAUAGGAGAAAUGUGUGUGUGCCAGAAAAGAACUACCUUACACAUUCUCAUUAUAAUAUGAGAAUAGUUAAUAUUGUUCAGAAUGAUCAUGGAAAUUAUAUAUAUAUAUUUCCA